CACUAUACAAUACACACACAUACCUGCAUCCCCUCGCUCAUUUCGGACCAAAUUUUGCUGGGAAGGGUUUUCUUUCUUUCAAUCCAACCCAAACUUUCUUUGUGUGUUUUCCUUGCAAAAGGCAUAACUUAUUGCGGACUAGUGAUGGUGAUCUAAAAUGUUUUGGACAGUCAUCCCCGGAAUAUAAAACGCACAGUACAAAAUAUUGAACCGCGCUCACUGUUCGUUCCAAGUCGGCAAAUCAUCAAAAUUUCACAAUGAAAGUUACUGUUACUACUCUCAACGAUGAAAUUUUCGUCUUGGACGUCUCAGAAGACCUGGAGCUGGAGAAUUUCAAGGCAUUCUGUGAAAUCGAGUCGGGAUUUCCCGCGAAAGACAUCACUUUGAAUUUCAAUGGCAAGCCUCUUCUGGACGACAAGAAAUCGUUGAAAGAGCAUGGCGUACACGACGGGGAUGUCAUCGUGCUGCUGCAUAUGCUGCAGACGGCUUCAAACCUUAACGUAAACGACGCCAGCCAAGCUUUGCCAUCAGGUUUAGCUAGCUUAGACUUCAGUAACAUCCAAGUGCCGACUGGAGCGAGCACUUCUAUGGCUUCACGCAAUCCCCCAGUAGAGGAAGAUCCUCGUAUAAUUAGGGAGAUGUUUCUGGCCAAUCCAGACCAACUUGCUCUGCUGAAGCAGAACAAUCCCAGACUUGCUGAUGCCCUUCUCAGCGGCAACCUUGAUACAUUUGCAUCGGUGCUUCGAGAACAAAUAUCUGCUAGAACUGAGCGCCAGCAACAAAGAAUAAGGAUGAUGAACUCUGAUCCGUUUGAUACUGAAGCCCAAAGAAUGAUAGCCGAAGAGAUUCGGCAGAAAAAUAUUGAGGCCAACAUGGAAGCAGCCAUGGAAUACAAUCCUGAGACUUUCGGCACAGUGGUCAUGCUGUACAUAAACUGUCAUGUUAAUGGGUUCCCUGUGAAAGCGUUCAUCGACUCGGGAGCCCAGACUACAAUCAUGUCGGCGGCCUGUGCUGAGAGAUGUAACAUUAUGAGACUAGUGGAUACAAGAUGGGCCGGUAUCGCGAAGGGCGUGGGCGUCCAACGCAUCAUAGGCCGCAUCCACAUGGUCCAGAUGAGGAUCGAGAAGGAUUUCCUCACCACCUCGUUCUCUGUGCUGGAGGAACAACCCAUGGACAUGCUGCUCGGCCUUGACAUGCUCAAGAGGCAUCAGUGCAAUAUAGACUUGAAGCGCAACGUCCUCCGGAUCGGCACCACUGGCACUGAGACUCCAUUCCUCCCGGAGUCUGACCUGCCAGAGUGCGCCAGGCUCUCGGGCUACUCGGAGGACGAGAUAGUCAACCAAUCAGUGAAAGACCACGAGGAACGCCAAAUGAAGGAAGCCAUGGAAAAGUCAAGACAAGAUGCAGCUUCGAGCCAGGAGUCCAGGGCUUCGUCCGCUGCUCAGUCCACGGCUUCUAGCGGCAGUGGCCAACGAGCUGCAGGGCUAGGCGAUCCCAGCCUGACCGUUCUCCCGACUGACAAAUUUGGAGAAACUGAAGUCGAAGAAAUUGUUAAUCUCGGAUUCACGAGGGAGCAGGCUAUAGUCGAGCUGCGUCGAUUCAACGGGGACAAAACGCAAGCGACUGUCGCACUAUUCGCCAAGUCCCUGAAAUUCUGAUGUUUACUCUCCGGCAUUCGCCAAAAGAUUGCCGUUAUCUUAUACAUCUUGCACAACCAACCAACGCCUACAAUCAUGUAAGCGCAGCAUCACAUUAUCAUAGCUUUUGAAACACCAUCGGCUAGUUAGACUUUAUCAAACUUGUGUGGAUCGACGAGGGCGGCGCUAGCAUCUAUUAAAUUUGAUUAGAAAAUUAAAGGUUACAUUAAAAUUGAAUUUUGGUCGCCCCCGGUCCAAUAUCAUUGUCAGUCUGUACGUUUUCUAUAUAUAAAUAUUUUUGAUGAUUUAACUUUUAUUUGUUGAUCGAGAUUUCAAGGAACUAGCCGGUUACAAAAGCGCCAAACAGUACGUUUAUGAUAUCUGGUAAAUUAGUAAUUUUCGCUGUUAUAAAUGGGAUAUGUGUAACAAAUAUUACUAGAAUUAGGACUGAAUCAUAUCUCAAACCCCGCUUUGUGUAAUUUUAUCUGGCAAUUUGGCUGAGUAUCAACCAAUCACGGUAUGGCAUUGUGUCGUUACGACAACAACGCCGCAUGUAAUUGGUUGGCUCAUUCCGAAAAGUAAACACGAUCGCCACAGUAAAAAGUCGUACUAAGUACGCAGACAUGGUUCAGUCGCUAAUGUUUUCGUUUGCAUAAGAAUGGCUAUUUAAUGGGAAUAUGAUAGUCAACUGUAAUUUAAAUUUAAUAUGUUUUCUAUACAUCGUUUGCAAAAUGAGGGUUAACGCGAGUGCGCUGGUGUAGUGAAAAUUUAGUUUCGACGCAAUUUAACGACAUAUUCACUCGCGUAGGCCCCAUUUGAAUUUCUGAUACGAGUCACCUUAACAGAAAAAAAAAUGCUAACGAUGUACCCAACACUGUGUGUUUAAAGUAAUCAAUUAGUAAGACUGUAUUUCAUAUUUUUAUGUUUGGUGUCGUAUAAAGACAUUCGAUCAAUUAGAUCUUUAGGAUAAGGACAGCAGCUAAGGCUACGCGGUGACUGGUUAGCCUAUAGGCAAGGCAUUUAGCUGUAAUCAUGAUUUAUUUAGCGAUAUCCUAUUAUUUACCGAUACCCGUCUUUGGAAGUCCCCAUACUUAUGGACGCAUAAUCUGCUUUUGUCGUAAAAGUGUGGGAAUUCCCUUAUUCGUAAAAAGUUAACGAACUUAGAAUAUCUUUCCAAUAUUCGACGGUGAAAGACACAAAACACCGUUCGUUUACGUUUUAUGAUUAAGAUGGAUAAUUGAGUUAUUGGCGUCCAUUGUGGGUGAGGCUUUUCUACGAGGUGAUGUGUAUGAUUAGGUAAUAAAUACUGAAUGAGGCAAAAGGUGUUAAAACUUGGGGAGUAUUUUAAAUAUUUUCGUUCAACGAUGAGCAUGUAUCAUGAGUUUUAUUUUUAUUAGCAUUUGAGAAUGCCUAUAAUGUACUAUUUAUAUUUUCGAAAAUAAUGUGGUUACUGUACCAAGUACGAAUUUAUCUUAAUACUCUGGGUUCCUAUUUUCCACAAUACAGGGUUUCACAAUUUGAAAAUCGGAUUCCUUAUGAGAUAUAAUGAUUUUAUCUAAUUAAAAAAAUAUUAUUAGGAGGGUAGCUAUAAAUUAAGAUUCGGGCCCACAAUGGACCGCCUUUUAAGCUAAGUAUAUCGAAUUAUCAAGUUAUUAUUCCACUAAUAACACAGUUUCAUCAUUGUAGGGUUUGGAAACAUAUUAAUCAAACAUAAUCGUAAUCAUUAAUAAUCAUAAAAUGUAUAAUUUGUUAUACAGUCGUCGUAUAUCUCAAUAUCGAAAUGUUCUUAGGCCUCGCAUGCACGAGCGUACUUUUAACGCGCAUAUAAAGCGUUCCUAUGACACGUGUAUUCCUUCACAGGUUACUGGUUCUAUAACGUCAUAACUAAUUUCAACGCCAAAGCGGCAAUUGUCGGACGCUUUUUUAACCCUCCUGCGAACGGGGUCAUAUUUUUUGAAAAACAUAAUCAUAAUAUUUGCCUAGAAACAGUUUAUCAAUCGUAUGUCUCAACAUUUUAAUGUCUGUAUCAUCAUAUACUUAUUAGAAAAAUGUUAUGUAAUUCAUGUAUGUAUUUUACUCUAAUUUACAUUAAUAUAAAUAAUGGACGAAAUACACUGUAUAAAAAAUAUUUAAAGACGUACAAUUUUAAGUACAUUAAAUAUAAACAGUCCUAUCAUAGAGUCAUAAGGUAGAAUAGGUAGCCAUAUUGUCUAUUUAAUGUAUGAAACCUAUAAACUGAACGUUACAAAAUGUUUUCCGUGUGGUAAAUUGCUUUAAACAUUAUUUCUUCUGUUUUGAUUAUGAAAUAUUUAAAUUUCAUUUUGCUUUUACGAUCGACAAACUUAUUCUUCAUAGUCGUAUUUCCUCAUGGCUGAGGGUCGUGGUCAUUACGUGGAAUGAAAUUGACAUACGCUCACACUAGCGCUAACAUCACAUUUUGGUGUACUUAUUUAAAAUAAAAAAUAUCUUGACAAAUUAUGUUCUAUUACACAAUGCUGUGACUACAGUUGACUAAACCGUUAACGGUGGCAAUCAAAAUUAGUGCAGUAAUUAUUUUAGUUUUCAGUUUAAUAAUUGUUAUUUUUAUGUUAAUAAUUUCUGCAUUUUUUUACCAAUUUGUUGGUAUCAAGGCGACAUGAAAUCAUACGAAUUCGACAUGACUUAUGUAGGUGUCAAUCUGUUUAUUUUCUCACCGCCUUAAGUUAGUUCAUUAUAAUAAGUUCAUACAUUAAUGUAUAUGCAAGAUUGCUUCCUAUUCGUAGCCAAGGCAUUAUCGUCACGGUAAUUUAACUUCAAUAUGAUGGACAACUUUGCCAUUUACAGUGGGAGCUGUGCCCAACUAAGCAACAUGACUCGAGAUCCUAGUACUAAUUUAACACUAGUAAUAACAUUUAAAGUAAUCAGAGCUUAGGAGUCUACAUACAAUCUCUCUCUCUCUCUCAUCUAGGCUUAGCAUCUAGGCAUAGGCUUGCCCUCUUUAGAAAUACAAUUAUUGUUGCCUAUCAGCUGCCAAAGCUGUGUCCCUUAGUCGACAACUGCGGGAAGAUGAGGAGUGGUCCUAUUCUAGGACGGGACCACACGUUAUAUUAGGAUAUACUGAGUAUGCCAUGGUCUACUGUAACAAAAUUUGAAACCAUACUUAAAUUUUGAUUAAAACAAAGAAUAGCAUAUUAUCAAUGUGGCGUCCACUUUCGCCCUCUUUAUUUAAUUGGCAAAUUUAAUUACCCGUAUUUUGCAUAUAUUUAGAGUUAUUUAUUCACAAAUUAAGCUCAGCUCUAAAUAUGCAAUAAUAAUUGACGCAAUAAUAAAAAUUAAAUAUCAUAAAUUGAUUCUUGUAACCAGUUGCGUAUUGUAGUAGCAAGUCGCGUAUCACGUUGCUUAAGUGGGAACGGGUCCUUAAUUAUCGACUAGCUGCGCCCCAGGGCUUCGCUCCCAUAGGUAUUUCUGGAUUUAAUAUAACCUAUGUGCUAUUUUAUUAUUUUCUGUCUUCUUUAGCACUAAACAUGCUCGAUUUAAUCUGAUUAAUCUGAAAUUAUGUUGUAAAUUUCAUUAAUUUAUCAACUUUGUUUCCAAUGCAUACACGUAACAUGUUUAUUUGUUUAAUGCGUGUAACCGCAUCCAUCUGUACACUGUUAGUUUUAUUUCUUAAAUAUUGAUAUUCAUUUUUUAAACCUAGAUAUCUAUUUUGUAUGUUUUCGAUUCUGAUGAAUUAAUAAAGUUUAAUAAACAAAA